AUGCCACAAGCUCGGAGGAAGACACCCUUCAGUGGGAAAGCUAAAAAGCAACAGUUGCAGAAUAAAAAACAAAAUAAAACAUUGCUGUUAUCAUCAUCUUCAAACACUGACAACUAUGAUGUUCUCGCUGUAAACUAUCAGCCAAACAGAUCACGAGGUAGAGGAGAUGCCAACAGAUUCGCUCUAAAGUUCUACAGAGAAUCAGAUGAGGAAAUGAAGAUCAAAAAGGAGGAGGCGCUGAAGGGUCUUCACCCAGUAAGUGAGAAAGAGAUGGAGAUAAAUCCCACUGAUUUUUUCCCAUCAGAGAUAGCCUUCCCGAAACGACCUCCGUGGGAUUUCAAAAUGACACCAGCUCAACUCGAUGCUCAAGAACAGAAGUACUUUAGAGAAUACAUAAACGAACUUCAAUCGUCGCCACAUUGGAAGGACAUGUCGUAUUUUGAGCUAAACUUGGAGACGUGGCGUCAACUGUGGCGGGUCCUGGAGAUGUGUGACGUACUGCUUUUGAUUGUCGACGUGAGAUUCGCCGGAAUGAUGUUUCCACCAUCCCUAUACGAGUAUGUAGUGAAUGAUCAAAACAAAGAUAUGAUCCUUGUCCUAAACAAGAUAGAUCUAGUACCCGCAUCCGUGGUCGCUGCGUGGAAGGAAUAUUUGACCAGGAAAUGCCCUGGGCUAAGGGUUGUCUACUUCACGUCUUGUCCAGGGUACAAUCUAGCCGGGGCGAGUGCUGAUAAGGCCGGCCUACAAGUACGACGUCGCAAGGGCAGGCAGCGCAUGUGCGCUGAGGGCGCAACCAAGAUCCUCGAAGCGUGCAAAGAUAUUGUCAAUGGGGAGGUGGAUCUGUCGUCUUGGGAGAAGAAGAUAAAGGAAGAGACUGACGUGGAGUUUGAUGAUGACGAGACGGAAGUUGGUGAAACGAUCCUCCAGAAGGCGGACACGACCUUCUACACCCACGAGAAGUACAAGAACGGAAUUCUCACUAUAGGCUGCGUGGGGCAACCGAACGUGGGCAAGUCGUCGCUCAUGAACGCGAUCAUGGGCAAAAAGGUGGUCAGCGUUUCCAAAACCCCUGGGCACACGAAGCACUUCCAAACGAUAUUUCUCACCUCGCAGGUCCGACUGUGUGACUGUCCCGGCUUGGUCUUCCCGUCAACAGUACCGCGAUCCAUCCAAAUCUUGAUGGGGUCCUAUCCCAUCGCGCAACUACGGGAGCCAUAUACGACGAUUAGAUACUUAGCGGAGAGGCUGGACCUACCGAAACUCCUGCGCAUAGAUCACCCAGAAAACGAUGACUCGUGGUCUCCGAGAGACAUAUGCGAUGGUUGGGCGAAGAAGAGAGGCUACCUCACGGCCAAGGCAGCUAGGUUAGAUACAUACAGAGCGGCUAACAGCAUUCUAAGAAUGGCUCUGGACGGAAAAAUAUGUCUGUGGUUGAGACCACCCGGUUUCACGGACAGUAGAUCAAAUUUCGAGUCGUCAGAUGAAAUCAAGUAUGUAAAGUGGGUGCAGGCGCUCACCAGUGACGAGCAGAACGUCCCAGAUUCGAUAUUCGACUCGGACACAGAGCGUCAUGCCGACUCAGGCAGUGGUGAGAGCGAGAGUGAGUCGGAGGAAGAUACGACGGCGAUCGCUAAUAAGUUCGCAGCGCUGGCUAAUGACUGA